AUGGAUACAUUCGUGGACGAAGACUUUGGAAUGACCCACAACAUCAGCCAUGAAACUGGACAAGACAACCUUGAAGAUGUCAAAAGACUGAACCACAGCUUGGAUAUGUUCGUAGGCAUGGAGGUUCUCCAGCGGCUGAAGCCUCUGUUCUUGCCGCUCUACAGCGUCGUAGUGGUCGUCGCUGUUGUUGGGAACCUAUUCCUGUUGGCCUGCAUCUUGGCUGACAAGAAACUUCAUAACGCCACAAACAUUUUCAUUGGUAAUUUAGCAGCUGGCGACCUGCUGAUGUGUUUGAGUUGUGUUCCACUUACUGUGUCUUAUGCCUUUGACAGCCAUGGCUGGGCUUUUGGAAGACCCCUCUGCCAUUUGGUCCCCUUGCUUCAAUGUGCCACAGUGUUUGCGUCAGUGCUUUCACUCACUGCCAUUGCUGUGGACCGCUACAUCGUUGUAGCUCACCCCGUCCGGAGGAGGAUCUCUGUUUGGGGUUGUGGUGCAGUGACUCUCGGGGUCUGGCUUUUAUCUCUGGCUCUGGCCGCACCGCCAUCCCUUUAUACACGUUACCUGGACCUGCGGCCCACCGGCGUUGACCUGGUCGUGUGUGAGGAAUUCUGGCCCAACAGUGGAAAUCUGCGGCUGCUUUACUCCUGCUUCAUCCUCAUAGCCACCUACAUGAUCCCGCUGCUGUCAGUCAGCGUGUCCUACUGCGCCAUCACCAUCAGCCUGAAGCGCUACUCGGUACCCGGGGAGCCGUCCAGCAGUCAGCAGCGCUGGAGCCAGAGGAGGAAGAAGACCUUCCUGCUGCUGGUGGCCUCAGUGCUCGCCUUUGCCCUGUGUUGGCUGCCUCUGCAGGUGCUGAACCUGUUGCUGGAUUUGGACCCAAACUUCCAUAUCAUAGGAAAGCGCUACAUAAACGUGCUGCAGGUCUGCUGUCAUUUAGUGGCCAUGAGCUCUGCGUGCUACAACCCCUUCAUCUACGCCUCCCUGCACAGCAAGGUGCGCAUGCACCUGAAAGGCUACCUCUGCCCAUGCCGCAAGCGCCAGAGUGGAAUGGUGGAGACGGGAACAUCCAGGAGAUGA